CUCUGUUUGUGUUUCCAGCUUGGAAGUGCAGUUGCAGCCCCGACCUGGCAGGUGAACAGGGCAGGGAAACGACAAGCCAAGCACCGCGCAGUUUGGGCACUGCAAGGAGAGUACAGCUUCGUUCCUCUAUUUGCAUUGAAAGUAGAGACGAGGGGGAGGUCACCGGGUUCUACGAAAGCCGCCUCGCCACACGCGCUGAAGGGCCAGCCUAAAGGCGCCCACAGCCAAGCCGUUCAUGCAACAACCCUUUUAGUUCUAUCAAGCUAGCUGAAAACGCCUGGUUAUGGGCAAGGGGUGAGGGCGAAGCGGCCACGCGCGCUCACACCUCUACUGAGCCGGGCCACACGAAACUACGGGACGCGCACCUCGUACCCCCUAUACGAGGCCGGCCUCCACGCAGCCGUCUUAAGGCCGGCACCGCGCACUGUCCCACUCCAUAGCAAUACAUCAGCUGAAUCUGCUGUUACAUAUAGCCCCUGCUCAUCAGCGUCCCGUCUGCCAUUUGGGCUCGAGUCCGUCGCAAGCAUCUCCCAUCGACACACGUCCACACUAAAAGCUGCUGCUGUCCUUGGACUAACCUCGGCCGUGGGCUGCGCAACAAAAGGUGACUGCUAUUUGUAUGCCGUAGAGGCUUCGGCGAGCUUGUAGGAGACCGUGCCUGCGGGCUGUCAACUCGAAGCAUGCUAUACGAGUUGUGACCGGCCCUCUGACUCAUUCGACUUCCACGUCAUUUGUUACGCAGGUCAAUACGCGUAACCAUGGUGUAUACAAGGGCGUCGCGGGCGCCGGCCGGGGCCCUACUCCUUGCCCUCGGCAUCGUGUGCAUUGCGGCACUCAGCAUGCGAGGUGCUGACGCCCGUCCUGGUCCCGGCGGCAAGGACCUGUUCAAUGGCACUCGCCCCGACUUCAACGGCACCCACCCUGACUUCAACGGCACCCGCCCCGACUGCAAUGGCACCCGCAACGGCACCCUCCCUGACUUCAAUGGCACCAAGCCUGAGGGCGGUCGCGGCGGCUCCCACCGUGGUCUGCGUGGCGGCGGCGACCGUGGCGGUCGUGAUGGCGACUUCAACGGCACCCGGCCUGAGUUCAAUGGCACUCGCCCCGACUUCAACGGCACCCACCCUGACUUCAAUGGCACCCGCCCCGACUGCAAUGGCACCCGCAACGGCACCCGCCCUGACUUCAAUGGCACCAAGCCUGAGGGCGGUCGCGGCGGCUCCCACCGUGGUCUGCGUGGCGGCGGCGACCGUGGCGGCCGUGAUGGUGACUUCAACGGCACCCGGCCUGAGUUCAAUGGCACUCGCCCCGACUUCAACGGCACCCACCCUGACUUCAAUGGCACCCGCCCCGACUGCAAUGGCACCCGCAACGGCACCCGCCCUGACUUCAAUGGCACCAAGCCUGAGGGCGGUCGCGGCGGCUCCCACCGUGGUCUGCGUGGCGGCGGCGACCGUGGCGGCCGUGAUGGUGACUUCAACGGCACCCAUCCUGAGUUUAAUGGCACUCGCCCCGACUUCAACGGCACCCACCCUGACUUCAAUGGCACCCGCCCCGACUGCAAUGGCACCCGCAAUGGCACCCGCCCUGACUUCAAUGGCACCAAGCCUGAGGGCGGUCGCGGCGGCUCCCACCGUGGUCUGCGUGGCGGCGGCGACCGUGGCGGUCAUGAUGGUGACUUCAACGGCACCCAUCCUGAGUUCAAUGGCACUCUCCCCGACUUCAACGGCACCCACCCUGACUUCAACGGCACCCGCCCCGACUGCAAUGGCACCCGCAAUGGCACCCGCCCUGACUUCAAUGGCACCAAGCUUGAGGGCGGUCGCGGCGGCUCCCACCGUGGUCUGCGUGGCGGCGGCGACCGUGGCGGUCGUGAUGGCGACUUCAACGGCACCCAUCCUGAGUUUAAUGGCACUCGCCCCGACUUCAACGGCACCCACCUUGACUUCAACGGCACCCGCCCCGACUGCAAUGGCACCCGCAAUGGCACCCGCCCUGACUUCAAUGGCACCAAGCCCGAGGGCGGCCGCGGCGGCUUCCACCGUGGUCUGCGUGGCGGCGGCGACCGUGGCGGUCGUGAUGGCGACUUCAACGGCACCCAUCCUGAGUUUAAUGGCACUCGCCCCGACUUCAACGGCACCCACCUUGACUUCGACGGCACCCGCCCCGACUGCAAUGGCACCCGCAAUGGCACCCGCCCUGACUUCAAUGGCACCAAGCCCGAGGGCGGCCGCGGCGGCUCCCACCGUGGUCUGCGUGGCGGCGGCGACCGUGGCGGUCAUGAUGGCGACUUCAACGGCACCCAUCCUGAGUUUAAUGGCACUCGCCCCGACUUCAACGGCACCCACCCUGACUUCAACGGCACCCGCCCCGACUGCAAUGGCACCCGCGACGGCACCCUCCCUGACUUCAAUGGCACCAAGCCCGAGGGCGGCCGCGGCGGCUCCCACCGUGGUCUGCGCGGUGGCGGCGGCGGCGGCGGCAGCUCCACCGACAGCGGCAGCAGCAGCCCGCGUCCCUCCCGCCCGCCUCGCCCAGCUGAUCUGGCCAUGCCGUCGCGCCCUGAGCAUGGCUCGGUGCCGGCUUCCUCUCGCCCGCCUCGGCCCCCGGGCGCGAAGACCGCCAGGCCUCCCAAGCCGUCAGCACGGCGGUAGUGGUUCGCGUGACAUCGUGCUCAAUUGGUAGUAGAUUUAUGUAGCAAUACUCGCAGUGUUGGGGUAGAAUGCAUGGCUUCGAUUGCUUGGUUGGUAGGAAAUGCAGGCAGGCAAGUCAAGUAGGUACUGCUGGGUGCCCAGACAUGGCUGGGCACGCGCGCACAAGUCCGGGUGCGGAGCAUGAAUGACACCCGCACAAUACGGUUUAGAUUGCAUGAAGUGAGGCACAGCAGGAGUGAGGCGACGGACUUUAUUAUGCAUGUGGCAGCUGAAGUGAUAUGCACUGAGCUCAGGUGUUAGUUCAGGCUGUUCUUACAUGCCGUCUCCUAGGGCAUUAUUGUUUGUUGUUCGCGCGGGCGCCUGCUUGCAUACUGUAUGCGGUAAUGUCAGUGCAAUUUAUAAUGGGGUAAUUGGUAGAUGGGGUAAUUGGUAGAUGCGGAGCAUCGAGGGAAGACCCGUGCGGCGUGUCGCGUGCGCGGAGGCGGCACCGCGGCAGUCUGGGCUGUGCAGGCUCCCCACCUGCUGCCUCAUACAGGGAGGCCUGAGGCAAAUAGCAGAGAGUCCAGGCGUGCGUGUGUGUGUGUAUGUGUGUGCGUGUGUGUAUAUGUUUGGCCAACGAUAAUCAAAUCGCCUGCUUGACGGAUGCUGGGGUAUUUAUCAAAGCGGCGUGGUCCAGCCACUAGAUGAGUCAUAACCGAACUGGGGCAUAACCCCUGCACAACCCGUCAGUUAGUACACGUAACGUGAUCCGUGCCUGUAACGCAUGCUAUUG